AUGGCAGACACUACCGCAGCCAAGCCCGCCGCCAACGGCAACGGCAACACCGCCGCUACCAGUGCCGAAAAGAAGACCCACGACCGCCCCGCAGGCAACCCUGACGCCGUCGAGAUCGCCAAGCUGGCUGGAGGAAAGCCAGACCCCGCCGCCAACACCGCCGAGCUCGACAAGCUCGCAAAGGACAUCGACGCCGUUCAGAAGGAGCUCAACCAGGUUCGCUCGCUCCUCUCCGGCGCAGGCCCCUCCAAGGACUCGCCCGCAGGCAUUCGCCGCGCAGAGCUCCGUGGCGAGCUCGACCAGCUUCGCAACCAGCAGGCCGGCUCCAAGGGCGCACGUGGAAAGACGCUCGAGGACCUUCGCACCCUCCAAGACUCCAUCUCCAAGAAGAUCAAGGACCUCCAGCAUGCCAAGUCCAAGACCCCCUACAAGAGCACGGCAGACGUCGACUCCCGCAUCCAGCGCCUCGAACAGCUCGUCGAGUCCGGCUCCAUGAAGCUCGUCGAGGAGAAGAAGGCGCUCAGCGAGAUCUCCCAGCUCAAGAAGAACCGCAAGACCGUCGAAAACUUCGACCAGAUCCAGUCCCAGAUCGACGCCGACCGUACCAAGGUCGACCAGCUCAAGUCUACCCUCGACAGCCCCGAGGCAAAGGCGCUCAACAAGCGCUACGACGAGAUCAAGGCUGAGCUCGACGCCAUCCAGGCCGAACAGGACAAGCAGGCCGGCUCGCGCGGCAAGCUCCUCGACCAGCGCACCCAGCUCUCCGCAAAGCUCGACGCCCUCUACCAGUCGCGCCGCGACCGCCAGGCCGCCUUCCGCGCCGCCAACGACACCUUCUACGCGAAGCUCAACCAGGAGCGCGAACGACGCAUCCAGAAGCAGCGCGACGAGCGCGCCGCCCACGAGGCCGAGAAGCGCAAGGAGCACGAGCAGCAGCUCCGCGAGGACGCCGCCCUCCCCGCUUUCUCCAAGGAGAUCGAGGACUGCGACGUGCUCAUCAACUACUUCUCCAAGGGCUCCUCCUCCGCCGCCGAAGACGCCAAGAAGGACGACGCCGCCAGCAACGCCGCCAAGGCCAUCGGCGGCAAGGCGCUCAACCUGCGCCAGGUCAACCAGGACUCCAUGGUGCCCAAGGGUGCCGUGCUGCGUCAGAAGAACGAGGACGAGGAGACCUACUUUGCCGGCAACUCGGCCAAGGCGCGCAAGCCCAAAGGAAGGAGCAAGCGCGGCACUCCGCUCGACCUCGCCGACGAGAACAACUCGGCAGGCGCGCCUGCUGCCGGCGGCGACAAGCUCAACGUGCCGCUCGGCACGCUCUCGGCGCUCCUGGCGCUCUCCAUCCCUCCACCCGCCAACGCCGCCGACGUUGGCCGCGUCGUCGAGAACCUCAAGCUCAAGAAGCAGUACUUUGUCUCGAACCAGGCCCGCGUCACGCGCGAAAACAUCGAAAAGGUCGAAAAGAUGCUCGCCAAGAGCAGCAUCAAGGACGACGACGACGCCGUCGCCCCCGCAGCACCAGCACCAUCCGCCGAGGCCGGGCAGGUCAGCGCCUAA